AUGUCAAAACCAAUAAUUUCUGAUUGGAUAAGUGCAGAUCUGAGACAGUUUUGCCCCACUGUGGUGAUAUUACUUAGAAGUCUUAGUUCACAACAGAGGCAUUGGCUUCACUUGCAAUCAGCUGAACAGGGAGUGUAUGAAAUGAAAGCUACUUUGUUACUUGUAGCAUAUGUCACCAUUAGUUUUGUUGAGACAGAAAAAUGGAAUUCAUCAUUGUGCUUGACUCGGCAGAUUCAUGCAGUUUUCCGCAGCCAUGGUUACUUAUUCUCGUGGGAAAAUCAACCAACACCAAUUGCACCUUUGAACUGGUUGGAGGCCAGAAAGUAUUGCCGUGAUCGCUGUAUGGAACUUGUCAGUCUUGAAACUUUGGAUGAGAAUGAAUUUGUGAAAGAAAAAAUAGAUUCAGGGGAACAAAAUUAUGCCUGGACAAGUGGACGGAAAUGUGACUUCCAAGGAUGCAAUCGAACUGAUCUGCUUCCUAUAGAUAUUAAUGGUUGGUAUUGGGCAGGCACUUUGCAGAAAAUACCACCUACAACAGAUAGGUUUAAUACUGACUGGAGCGAUGAUGGUGGGUUAGGCUAUCCUCAACCUGAUAACCGUGAGAAGCUGCAAGGGGGUUCAGAAGAGUCUUGCAUAGCAAUCCUAAACAAUUUACACAAUGAUGGAUUACACUGGCAUGACUUAGUGUGUGAUCACCAGCUUCCAUUCAUUUGUGAAGACAAUGAUGAGUUACUACAAAUAGCAGGAAUACCCAAACCAAGUUCUUCUGAAAGUUACAUAGUCAAUUUGUUACUGGAGCAAAACCCAGAACACCCUCCUGAAACAGCAGUAAUGAUCGAAAUAGAACAACUUGCCCCAGAUUUUUAUGAAAACGUUGAUGAAGUUGGCCAGGAAAUGUAAGAUGGGGAUUGGUGUAUCGCACAUAUUUCAAAAGAGCAUCAUUGUCUUCACAGACAAAUGGUUUGCGGUGGUGGCAAGCAACAUCAUGCCAGUGAACGCCAUCAUUGUAGAAAUUGUUCAACACAGCAAGGCAGUUCUCUGGAGCUCCUCCUUGCUGAGGUUCUCUGUUAUCAGGCUGGGGCCUGUUGAGUCUGCAAAGCAAUAAAUACAUGGGAAAUUAUUAUAAGGUGUAAUAGAUGUAGUGUUCAUUUAAAUUACAAAUUUA